UACUAGCUCAAUACUCAUGCAUUCACAACUCAACUUUCAAACCAGUUUCCUUGCCUUAGAUUUCUAUACAAUGGCUCCUACUCCCAUUUUCCCAGUCAAGGUCGGGCACAUCGACGAUGUGCAGGAACUGAGGAAGGCUAAACAAUCAAACGUUCCUCAACGAUUUGUCCGUGACAUGGCUGAAAGGCCAGAACUUGCCACUACAGUCACUCACCCUAGUGACAUUCCUGUGAUUGAUUUGUCGAACCUUGUUAAGGGUGGCAAGGCUCGGUUUCAAGCAGAAAUUUUGAAACUCACUGCUGCUUGUGAGGAGUGGGGAUUUUUUCAGGUGAUAAAUCAUGGAAUUGAUGUGGAAGUUCUGUCAGACAUAGAGAAGAUGGCCAUGGAAUUUUUCAUGCUCCCUUUAGAGGAAAAACAGAAAUAUCCAAUGGCGCCAGGGACAGUUCAGGGCUACGGACAAGCAUUCGUGUUUUCAGAAGAUCAAAAGCUGGACUGGUGUAACAUGUUUGCUCUUGGUUUAGAGCCACACUACAUGAGAAACCUUAGUUUAUGGCCCAAAAAUCCUCCUACUUUUAGUGAAAGUAUAGAAAAUUAUUCAAGGGAGAUCAGGAAACUGUGCAAGAGUCUUAUGAGUUUUAUAGCAGUGAGCCUUGGGCUAAACAAAGACGUGUUUGAAGAUAUGUUCGGGGUAGCUGUGCAAGCUGUGAGAAUGAACUACUAUCCAGCAUGCCCAAGGCCAGACCUUGUUAUGGGAUUAAGCCCUCACUCUGAUGGGAGUGCUCUCACAGUUCUGCAGCAAGGAAAGGGUAGCUCGGUCGGACUUCAAAUCCUCAAGAACAACACUUGGGUCCCAGUGCAGCCCAUUCCAAAUGCCCUAGUCAUCAACAUUGGUGACACCAUAGAGGUACUAACCAAUGGGAGAUACAAAAGUGUGGAACAUAGAGCAGUGACUAACAAGGAAAAAGAUAGGUUGUCCAUAGUUACAUUUUAUGCACCAAGCUAUGACAUUGAGCUCGGACCAAUGCCAGAACUGAUGGAUGAAAAGAACCCUACCAAGUUCCGAAGAUACAACCAUGGAGAGUAUAGCAAACACUAUGUAACCAACAAACUCCAGGGAAAGAAAACACUGGAAUUUGCAAAGAUUCACCCCCAAGCUUCAUUCUAAAAAAAAGGGCCAGGCACAGUUUCACAACUUGGAGCAGCAAUUAACUAUGAACAGAAACUAUAACAUAAUUGUAAUCUAAAAUUUGGCUUGAACUAUUUAUCAGUAUCUGCAAGUUGGAAGGUGGAGAAUCAUAAAAUAUGGUUCUUUAGACUGUACAUGUAUCUCAGUAUCUGUAACUCAAAAUAUCUAGUGAUGCAUAUUAUCAAUAAUAUAUUAUGGGCCCUUUGUUUAUAA